AGGGGAGGGUUUCCCAAGGAGGGCGAGGCCAUGGCAGCUGCGCGACGGCAACGGCGGCUGCGACGGAGCGCGCGCCCGGCUUUGAAUGAGCGGUGCUGGGACUGAACGGGAGGAGCGCGAGCUCGAGGAAGCGAUCGGCAGCGCGCGUGCGCGCGCCUUGUGUGCGCGCGCGGCCCGCGGCAGCUCGGAGCCUCCGCCGGGCGGGCGGGGAGGGGGAGGGGCAGGUUUUGAUUCCCACCAUGGCUAUCACACAGUUUCGGUUAUUUAAAGUUUGUACCUGCCUAGCCACAGUAUUCUCAUUCCUAAAGAGACUAAUAUGCAGAUCUGGCAGAGGACGGAAAUUAAGUGGAGACCAAAUAACUCUGCCAACUACAGUUGAUUAUUCAUCAGUUCCUAAACAGACAGAUGUUGAAGAGUGGACUUCCUGGGAUGAAGAUGCACCCACAAGUGUAAAGAUUGAAGGAGGGAAUGGCAAUGUGGCAACACAACAAAAUGCUUUGGAACAACUGGAACCUGACUACUUUAAGGACAUGACACCAACUAUAAGGAAAACUCAGAAAAUCAUUAUUAAGAAGAGAGAACCAUUAAAUUUUGGCAUCCCAGAUGGUAGCACAGGUUUCUCUAGUAGAUUAGCAGCUACACAAGAUAUGCCUUUUAUUCAUCAGUCUCCUGAAUUAGGUGACUUAGAUACCUGGCAGGAAAAUACCAAUGCAUGGGAAGAAGAAGAAGAUGCUGCUUGGCAAGCAGAAGAGGUUCUGAGGCAGCAGAAGAUAGCAGACAGAGAAAAGAGAGCAGCAGAGCAACAAAGGAAGAAAAUGGAAAAGGAAGCACAGCGGCUAAUGAAGAAGGAACAAAACAAAAUUGGCGUGAAACUUUCAUAACAAAUGUUCUUCAAGUGUCAUUGUGCCAGGAGGAGAAAUCUGAGCUCCACGACCCAGCAACAUGUGUAUGGAUUUAAGAGUAUUUUCCAAAUACAAACACACUGCUUGAUUUUACUGCAUUCAUCAGACCAUCCCAGACACCAGGAUUCUCCCAAAGUACCUUGAAUUCUUAGUGAUCGAGACUCAAAAGAACAAAAAAGAUUUAUGAGAAUGUUGUCUUCAAUAUGCUCCAAGUGUAAGACAAUUGUUUGCUAUAGGGAAAUGAUUACAAAUGGAAUAUAACAGUACCUCUUCAAGCUAGUGUUUCUAGCUGAAUAAAUGGAUGUAAAUAAUUUUAUGGUGGGACAGAACUCUGCUGUCUAUAAUGCUUUCCUUCAAUGUGCAUAAUGAUAAAAUAAAUAAUUUUAAAUAGUCUUUUGUUUCCAUGAUUAUCUGACCUAAAUCAGACAAACUGCAGGGCUUUUACUUUAUUUUUAUUGUCAGAAGCUAGUGUUGGCGCACAUUUCCUCUAAUUUGAACUGGUAUUGUUUAUGUUUGAUACAGUAUUAAGGAAUUUGAUGAUUUUUGUUUUCAAGAAAAUGACAUUAAAUGCAAUAUUUUAUUUAUCAUAAAGAUUUUGUACAUCAUUGUGUUCUUUUAGUUGGUAUUGUAAUGUUAUACAUAUUUGUAAUUUAUAUUGCAUGUAUAAACAUAUUGAAAAGCAGCUAAAAUGACAAAUUUGUUUUACAUUAUUAUAACUUGUAAGUUUUAAAAACUAGUAUUAGUAGUUUUUCCCUUUGGUUGUAGAUUUUAAGAUGUUAACGGUGUCUUUAAGUACCUUAGUUCCUCCCUCCCAAAAGCCAUUUAUUUACAAAGGCAGAAAGCCUUCAGUUCUAAUAUUUCAAAGCUUUCAGAUGAUUUCUGUAUCAGUUUUAUAUACCUGACAUAGUGCAGGUUACCUGUGUUGUUAGCUGAGAUAACAUUAUUGAUUCGUUAAAUUAUUAACCAAGAUAGGAAUAAUAAUAUUUUUAUUUUUGGGUGUUGACUGGCUCCAAAAUAGUUUUAAGGAAAUAGACACAUACUGUGUUCAUAGAGAAGAAUGUAGAUUUGAUAGUUUAAAAUUCCAUUAAUUUUUUCUCCACAGUCAAAAUACAUCCAGCCUGAUUUUCUAUGGCUUUAGAAUUUUUAAAGAUUUUUACUUUCUUAAAAAUUGUUGCCCAAAAGUAACAUUUUGUGGGUUUUUAGAAUGUCAUACUAUACAAGCCAAAUAUUGCUAAUAUAUUUGAAUUAAGUGAUAUUUCAUAGUAAAAUCACAAACUAUACAAUGAGAGCUCUCAAGUUCUUAGCCUAAGCUGCCAGACUAAAUGUGAUUGUAGAAUCAGUUGAAAUUUAACUUUGGUAAAAAGCUUCUUGUUAUAGCCCCAAGCCACAUUUUCAGUUAUCAUGUUUAUUAGAGAGUUUCGGCCAAUAAACUCUCAAGUAAUUAGAAUUAGACUCAAAUUUUUAAUAAUAAAUGUAUUUUCUUCCCUUAUUUGUAUUUAUUUUUAGUUAUUAUGGGAAUGCUACAUAAUUCUCUAAAUUUGGGGCUCAUAAAGGAUAACCUUUCCUUUACUACAAUAAAUUUUACUACUUUUCCCCA